CCGCUUCCCCCCUCUUUUGUCCACCGACCGUUUGUGCGGUAAAAUAAUCCCGCGCCCCGAUGAGGGCCAAAGCGCCCCCUCCGGUUCGCAAGCUCGGGGGCGCGGCCCCCUCCCCGUUUCCACAAGGGGAGGGUAUUCCUCAGGAGAGGCGCCUCAGCGCGGCCAAAGUGGGUCCUCGACGCUGGCUCCCCCGCCCCCUCGGGCCUCUCCUCCUUCCUCGCUCCUCACCAGAGCGGCCGCCUGUGUCCUUCCGCCGAGCGCGCGCGGGGACUUUUUUGUGGGGCUUUUGGGCGCCUAUGAGAAGCGGCGGCGGCCUUGGGCGCCCCUGCUCGUCGUGCUCGUGGGCGGCGGCGGCCGGGCGCGGGCAGCACGAUGUCCCUGGUAGAUUUGGGAAAGAAGCUUUUAGAAGCUGCACGAGCAGGACAAGAUGACGAAGUUCGCAUUUUGAUGGCCAAUGGUGCACCUUUUACUACAGACUGGUUGGGAACGUCUCCUCUUCAUCUAGCAGCACAAUAUGGGCACUAUUCUACCACCGAAGUGUUGCUUCGAGCGGGUGUAAGUCGGGAUGCCAGGACCAAAGUGGACAGAACUCCAUUACAUAUGGCAGCUUCUGAAGGCCAUGCAAGCAUAGUAGAAGUGUUACUUAAGCAUGGCGCUGACGUAAAUGCAAAGGACAUGCUGAAGAUGACUGCUCUUCAUUGGGCUACAGAACACAAUCACCAAGAAGUAGUGGAACUCUUAGUAAAAUAUGGAGCAGAUGUCCAUACGCAAAGUAAAUUUUGCAAAACAGCAUUUGACAUCGCUGUGGACAAUGGGUUUGAAGACCUGGCAGAAAUAUUACAGAUUGCAAUGCAGAACCAAAUCAACACAAACCCAGAAAGUCCCGACACUGUGACGAUACAUGCAGCAACGCCUCAGUUCAUCAUUGGACCUGGCGGGGUAGUGAACCUAACAGGUCUGGUAUCUUCUGCAAAUACAUCAUAUACAUCAGAUGAUACAGGAGUGUCUGCUGUCCAGUUCGGUAAUUCCUCAACUUCAGUACUAGCAACUUUGGCUGCCUUAGCAGAAGCUUCAGCUCCAUUGUCCAACUCUUCAGAAACGCCAGUUGUGGCUACAGAAGAAGUAGUGACUGCAGAAUCUGUGGAUGGUGCAAUUCAGCAAGUUGUCAGUUCCGGAGGUCAACAGGUUAUUACCAUAGUAACUGAUGGGAUUCAGCUUGGAAACCUCCAUUCCAUUCCAACUAGUGGAAUGGGUCAGCCCAUUAUUGUGACCAUGCCAGACGGGCAACAAGUCCUUACAGUACCAGCGACUGACAUUGCUGAAGAAACGGUGAUCAGUGAAGAGCCUCCAGUCAAGAGACAGUGUAUUGAGAUAGUUGAAAAUCGGGUGGAGUCUGCAGAAAUAGAAGAAAGAGAAACUUUACAGAAGCAGCUGGAUGAGGCAAAUCGAGAAGCGCAGAAGUACCGCCAGCAGCUUCUCAAGAAAGAGCAGGAGGCAGAAGCCUAUAGGCAGAAGUUGGAGGCAAUGACCCGCCUCCAGACUAACAAAGAAGCUGUCUGAAUGGUUGAAGCGAGCAUUCUGUCAAGCCAGUUUUGGAAAACAGCAGUACAAUCUGGACCUGCAUGUCGCAUCAGCCGCAGCCCCGGGAUUAUAUGCUAGAGAAGAUUGAAACUGGACUUAAGCCAUGAGUUCUGGUGAAUUUCUUGUAUAAUAAGUAAACUCAGAAUUUAGACAUUUUGUGCAAAAAAGAAAAAAAAUAUUUAAAAAGAAAUACUGUAAAUAGUUGUUUUUUUACAGUUCCAAAAUUAGUUGCUGAAUCUUUUUGAAGGGAUCCACAAACAUGCAAAGGCAAUGUUUUUGAGACCUUUUUGAUUUUAGUACAAAACUGCUGAAAUACAGAACAGUUUUAAGGGUGAUAACUGUUGAUUUGAACUGACGGUGUGAAAAUGAAUUAUGUGAUGGAACCAGUCCCGAAGGCUAGCAACUUAGACUUCUGAGUUCAUACAUCUCCUCAUGGAAAUCCUUUGUACAGCUUUAAGUAGUUGUCCAGAGUCUCUGAACCCUGCCCCUCCCUUUUUUAUUUAGAAAAAGUGUAAUUUUUUAUAUUUAAUUACUGUUAUAUUCAAGUAGAUUGACAUGUAUAUGAAGCUGAUAUUUUUUAAACUCUUCAGUUUGUACAUAUGCUGCAUGUUUAUAUCUAUAUAUAUAUCUAUAUAUAGGUAUAUAGAUAUAUAAUUUCUACAUACAACUUACAGAAGUAUUUUUCAGGAAAGAAGAGCGAAAAUUAUGAGAAAAAAUGUCUAAUCUAUAGGUCAUGGGUGGGGAGACAGAAGCAAGCUGGUGGUUUGUUGUUGUUUUAUGCGAGUCCCAUUUCUUUAUGAAAUGUAACUUGAGAGAAGAGAAAGAAAACCAAGACAGGUUUGUAUGUAAACCAGCCUUCACGCCAACCUGGUGCCUUCGGAUUGUUUUUGGAUCACAACUCCUAUCACUGCCAGCCAGCUUGACUGUGCUACUUGGGGCUGAUGGGAGUUGUAGUUCAGAAACAUACUGAGGUCACCAGGUUGGCAUGAAGGCUGAUGUAAUAUAUGGAUUAUUUGAAAUGUAUUCUACGCGGAGCAUGAAAUCACAUUUCUAGCGUGUCUAGCAAAUCUGGGCCACAAAUCCACAGGUGGAGACCAAGUUGCAAAGCAGUCCAGUUAACUUUCCCUCUCCUCCUAUGCUGCCACCUUAACUUUGCAGGCUCUUAACUUUGCUUCACUUCCAAGCAUUACAAAGAAGGUGGCUGCGAUUGUUCUUUGCGAUGGGUGGAGAGGGGUUGCAGAGUCCACUUUAAAGAAUCUAUAGGUGAAUGACACAGAGCUGUACAGUAUAACAUGAUUCUUAUCGACCAAAAGCAAACGCGAACGAGCUGAGCUCAUUGAAAACAUUUGACGAUAUCUAUGCAUGCAGGUGUCUCUAUAGCAAAAGGUGGUAUCGCAUGAGCUGCACAAAUUUCCCAAGAGGGUGGAGUUAUUUGACAGGAAGGAGUCCAGAUUUACAACAGCAUAUAGCAAUUCACUUAUUUGUGUGUAACACGGGCACAGAAGGAACUUGGCUCAAGCUGAACUCGAGCUAUUGCCUAUCUGGUUCAGCAAGAGCAUAGAGGUUGCGCAGUGGAGGAGAAAAGGUUAAACUGGAACCAUAGCGAGAGCUGCUGCCCACACUGCAACCUCUCCUCGCUCCGCUCUCGUCUUUCAGGACCGUGACUUUCUUGUAAUAACAGUAUAAAGAAAUAUAGGAACGCUGGGUGCAAUAGCAGGGCUCUUCUCCUCUGCAAGCCCCUUCAAAUUAACGCAAGAAUGCAGAGGAUGGAACUCUUGAGCAGCUUGGAUUCACUUUCCGUAGAAACCACACAGGUGAAGCCCGCAAAUUCUUUCAUUCCCUCUGCUCCACCACUCUUGCGAUCUCUGCUGUUGCUUGUUUCAGUGGAGCUUGCAAAGGGAAACUUUUGAAUUCGGAUUUCUUCACUUAAGAUCUACAGUUGAGCAACAACAUAAAUAUAUACGAUGAGUUGAUACUGUUGUUGCCUACAGUUAUUUCUGAUGGCUAGGAUUAUGUUUGAAUUUGUGCGGUCCUCAAAGAUACAUAGCACUUCCAGUGUACAACACUGUAUCUUUUUGAAGCUUUGUAAUACCAAGAAAUAGGUGGCAGCCCUAAAUCACUAUUACGUUUGAGAAUAUCGGAGUGUUGUCACAACCUUGGGAAGGAAUCAGCACUUGGUCCCAGGAACUGGGGUUGAAGGGGAAAUAGAUGUAAUCUCACAUACCAAGGACCUCACAACUCAAGUCUGCUUUACACAUGCAGCAAGAAUGAGAGGUAGAACAGACUGUACCACUUCUGGUUGCAGGUGGAGACUGUCAUUUUUUUAAUGUUCCCUCGUGCUUUUUUUA